AUGACUGCGCUGUUCAAUUUUCAAUCGCUGCUCCUGGUCGUGCUGCUGACCAUUUGUACAUGCACGUACGUACGUGCCGUCGCGCCAGGACUGGUCGAUCGGAAUAAAAAGGGCUUCCUCGGCGUGUUUUACAAGGGUGCGCGGAUAGGGAAAAUUGACCUGGUGCAGCAGUACCUUGACGAAGAUAUCAGUGCUGCACAGCUGAACGAGCAGGAUGCAGAUGGACGUGCGCCACUGCAUUGGGCAGCCUCCGACGAUGCCAAACUUAAUAUCGCCAAGGCGCUCCUCAACACGGGCAAGAUCGAUGUGGAUGCGCCGGACCAUGGUGGAUGGACUCCGGUGAUGAUUGCAUCUUCUGCAGGCGCCAGCCAGAUGUUGGAUCUCCUGCUAGCGCAUGGCGCGAGUCCCCAUGCAGUAAACAACCGCAAGAUUAGUGCACUGCAUUACGCAGCGAGCAAGAAUCAUGCAGAGAUUGCGCGCGCCCUGCUCGUCGCAGGCGCCGAUGCGAAUGCCCAAGAUGGCGCUUUGCAGCGUCCCAUUCAUCGCGCAGCGUCUGCAGGCCACAAUGCAAUGAUCCGUACGCUGCUUGCGCCGCCACCGCGCGCAGAUGGAAGUGCACACCCCAAGACGCGUGUCAAUGCCGUCGACCGGCUCGGCAACACGCCGCUGCACCUCGCGCUCGACUCGGGGAAUCAGCAGACUACGGCGGUGCUUAUUGGCGAGGGCGGCGCGGACCGAACGCGCCCAAACGCAGACGGGAUCCUUGCAGAGGAGAUGGAAGGGGUAGGCGGCCAGGAGCAAAAUCGCAUCCGUGACUUUAUAGUAGCAUCGUUUGGCGCAUUGUAG